GCUAUGCUCUCUCAUUAUCUGCCCUUUGGUGAGGAAACCAAUGAAACUUCAUUGGCAUUGGAAUCUCAUAUAUAUAAAUAGACCAUGUGAUCUCAACCUGAUCAUAUUACCAUCAAGAAACAGGAACAACAUGGCACAAGAUGAGCUUGUUCUUCUUGACUGCUGGGUCAGCCCAUUCUGCAUGAGGGUGAAGAUCGCCUUGACCGAGAAAGGCGUCCCAUUUGAGGUCAGGGCAGAGGAGAAUUUGCUCUCGGCUAAGAGCUUGUUGCUUCUGGCUUCCAAUCCCGUCCACAAGAAGGUUCCCGUUCUUCUCUACAACGGUAAACCGAUUUGCGAAUCCACCAUCAUCUUGGGCUUCAUCGACGAGACUUGGGCCUCACCACCAUUGUUGCCUCCUUGCGCUUACGGGAAAGCCCAGGCACGCUUUUGGGCAGACUUCAUCGACAAGAAGGUAUUUGAUGGGGGUAAAGCUAUAUGGACUAGCAAAGGAGAGGUGGAAGUGGAGGCUGCCAAGGAUGCAUUCAUAGAGACAUUGAAGCAGUUAGAAGAAACCUUGGGUGAGAAAGACUUCUUUGGUUGCAAUAAUGCCUUUGGCUUUGUUGACAUUACUUUGAUAGCCAUUACAAGUUGGUUUCUUGCAUAUGAGAAAUUUGGCGGUUUCAAGGUUGAGGAACACUGCCCUAAGCUCUCGGCUUGGAUCUAUAGGUGCAAGGAGAGGGACUCCGUCUCCAAAACCCUACCCGAUUCGCAAAAUGUCUACGAGUUCGUGGUCAUGCUAAGGAAAAUGUUUGGAGUUGAAUGAGAGGAUAUCAUGAACUGUGCUUGGCCUUUUCUUGUU